UGGAAGGGUACCUGCAGGCGAAGCCGGGGAAAGCUGCGCUGCUGGGGGCCUUCGCUAACCAGGGCACUUUGGGGCUGGGCCCCACAGACGAAAUGCCAGUGGAGAGUUGUGGGGUGUCCCCGAUGGCGCGUCUGUACACGCAGGACGAGGUGCAGCAGCAGCAGCAGCAGCAGCAGCAGGGGGCGCCCGGGCUCGGCAGCGUGCAGCAGCUGCAGCAGGACUACGAGGUGCACGUACACAACUUCCGCGAAGACAUGAAUACCAUCCGCAGCGAAAUCAUCAGAAGGCCCCACCGCGCCUUCAGACUCGCCGUCGUCCAGUGGAACUCUCUGCUGGUGCAGCCGAACACGUUUCAGCUGCUGGCGGGGUUCCUGUCGCAGACCAGUGGUCUGUCAGUGGACCAGGUGGACGGCGUGGCAAUAAUGCUGCAGGAGAACUUGAAGCUGGAGCAGCAGCGGGAGCAGCAGCUGCUGCAGAACGUGCGCUACGUGCUGAACCUGCUCAGCAGCAACCCCAACUGGGACUUUCCGUCUCUGCACUAUUUGCGCAACUUAGUAGGAACUCAACUCAAGGCUUUGCUGCUGAGUCCCAACACGCAAGCGCUGCUGCUGGUGCUGCGGGGGCCCUUCAGGGGCCCCUUCUGCAGGGCCGAAAAGACCCUUUUCAAGAGGGAAAAAGGCUUCAUCGGGGGGGCCCUUUCUCUCCCCCACUUCGGCACUUUGGGCCUCAUGGGGGCCCACCUCAAGGGCUGGGAGGAGGCCCACUUCAACGGCCUUUUCCCCGAACUCUCCAAGGCCUGCGGAGACCCAAAAAAGGGUCUGGAUUCUUUCGACUUGGGAGUUGUAAUGGCAGCAGACUGGAACGAACAUCUUAAUGCAGCUUCUCUUUCUCAUUUUUAUAAACUCACGAGAGGAUUGGGUUCCACUUACCCCGCUUUUGCUGCUCCCAUCAACCUCCCUGAAGAUACCCCCGACAACCUCAAGAUGACUGCACAUUUGGUGGAGGCCCUGGGGGGCCCCGCAGCAGAAUUGGAAAGAAAGUAUUUGCCCUUUUUGUGGGGCUGUGACCGGCUGGGGAGGCCCCUGGGGCCCCCCGAGGGGGCCCCCGGGGGGGCCCCCACCCUCCACGGGGCCCUUCGGCAGCAGGGCUUUUCUUUAAUUAGCACUUGCUACCGAGCUGGCUUCUCUUACAAGUGGCAGCGCGGCUGCAGCUACCCUUCCUUCAAGGCCCCCAAGGGCCACACGGCCUUCAACGCCUUGAAGGGCUGCCUCGCGAAGAAGACCCUCAGCUCGCCCAGAGGGGCGGGCUUUCUGGACCGCGUGGCUGUGCGGCUGCCAGGGGAGAGCAGCAGGAAGCUGCAGCAGCUGCUGGCAGCGCGUGCUGCAGCAGCAGCAGCAGCAGCAGCAGCAGGGGAGCGCGAGAAGAAAAGACUCAAAACUGAAACCGAAACUAAAGACCUUCCUGAUGUCUUUGCUUCCGUCACUGCUGGCGCUCAAGUCUUCGACCUCCGCAGCGACCACAUGCAGAUUGUCACUGUCGUCGAAUUCCUCAAACUCAAGUCCACCAACGAACAAUAA